AUGGGUGGAGAUAGCAUCGGAUAUGGUGAAAACACGAUGAGGCCUUGGCAUAAAUUCGAUCGGAAUGACUGGAUACUGAGUCGAGCAAAACGUGAAAUUGCUGAAGAUACGAUCAGCGACGAGUCGACGGGUUCUGGUGAAAGCACCGAAAAGCCGCUGGCCACUUUUGAUCGCACCAAUCCAUGGAUGGAGGGCCGGGCAAAACGAGAGAUUGGAGAUGAUAGCACAAGCGACGAGCCGACGGAACCGGCCGAAAACGAAAGGGCCACCAGAACACCAUGGUUUAAAUUUGACAGCAAGGACUGGACCAUUCGUGGAAAACGAGCAAUUGCGGAAUAUACCGCCGAUUGCGGCAGCGACACUGACGACCAAGUGAACAUCGACAGCCGUGGUAUCUUUGACUUCCUAAGAGAAGACACGACAACCACUGACGGUGAACUUUCUGAGGGAACAGAAAGCACCUCAGGACCCACUUCCGGCGGAUGCCUGGAAGUGGUGACCACUGAUGAAACGGAAGAAGAAACAGAGGAGACUCAAGAACCUUCAGAAGAUGAUGUAGAAGCUUCUGGAUCUGAGGAAGUGGAAACGACGACGGAAGCAGAGACCACUGACAAGGGAAGCUGUGAUGUUAGGAGGCAACGAUCGAGUCAACCACGUGGUCUGUUCCUUUCGGUGACGAUCAUCAUCUCCUUCCACCCGAUGUUCGUCACAAAAGUCGACCGCUCCUACAACGUCCAGUGCUUUUACACGGAAGUGGAAAAGACGGUUUCCCAGCAGCUCGAUGUCGGCAUGAGCCCCGAGCAGUUGAAGAACAUCCAGGGCGACGAUCCAGCGGCAGCCGGAGGUCUUGCCCGCCGACCCGCCAACGGCCAAAAUCAAUUUGGACUAGAUGAUGGAGUUCCCGAAGAAACGAUCACUUCAACCUUCCAGCUCCCAACCUGCCGCUACGAAGUCCUCACCGAAACCGACAAGGGCGAGCCGGUCAAAUUCGCGACGGUCGGCCAACAUGUCUACCACCGAUGGAGCUGCGAGGAUCCGGCCCAUCCAGAAGCCGAAUCUCCCUUUUGCGCCACCGUACACUCAUGUAAUGUGCGGGAGGAGAGCGGAAAACAGGCGAUGUUGCUCGAUGAAAAUGGAUGCUCUGUGGACAAAUACCUACUAACCAACCUGGUCUACACCUCGGCCCUCACCGGGAAGCGUUCCGCCCAAAAUGUGACUGUCAUCCAGCCGCGAGGCCCGGAUGUUGAUGUAUUUUCGCAGAGCAUGACCGUGUUUGAGGUUGACGAGGAUGCCGAUAAUCCAACAACAAGGUCGCCCAGUCGUUGGCCGAGCAGUGGGAAGGAGGGGUCGAAAUUUGCAUGUCGCAGUGGAGUUUCAACCUUCUCAUCUCCG